AUGAUGAUGAUGAAUCGGAUAUAUGAUAAUGGUGAUGAUGAUUAUGAUUCGGAUAUUGAUGAUGAUGAUGAUGAUGAUGAUGAUGAUGAUGAUGAUGAGGAUGAUGAUGAUUCGGAUGAUGAUGAUUCGGAUGAUGAUGAUGAUUCGUAUGACGAUGAUGAUGAUGAUGAUGAUGAUGAUGAUGAUGAUGAUGAUGAUGAUGAUGAUGAUGAUUCAUGA